AUGCAGCAGCUAGAGAUCUUAGGCUACGCCGGAGCACACUCAGCGAAGGUCUGCGUAGUUGACGGCCUAGGUGGCAUGGGCAAGACACAGCGCUGUUUUGAGUAUGUGCGCAAGCAGAAGGACGACCUUAGCGCAAUAUUCUGGCUAGAAGGAUCGUCAAAAGAAGCUUAG